AUGACAAAACGCAAAACCUCCUCCCUCGCCUCCCACGAACGCUCAUUUGACAUCGCAAUAAACAUGCUCCUCCGCUGUGAGCGCUUCAUCCGCGAUCUCGCAUUCUUCCGCGGCGAAAAAACUUCCAUCCUGGCGCGAGAAUUAUAUGAGAAUAUGUUCCACAUCGAUGGGCAAAUCCUCAAGUACAAAGUAGACGGCGAGCUCAACGACUACGAGUACCGUCUUCUAUCCCAAGUCAACGAGGAGCUGACCGACUACGCCUUCCUGGCGAGUGCGAAUAUGCAUCCAUACGAUGUGGAGCGAUUGGUGGAGAGCGAGAAAGGAGGCGUCAAGUUUUCGCGUAGCGUCGAGUUUCCUCCCGCCAAUUGGGUGAAUCGCGUGGCUAGAAAGACGCAAAAUCCGCUUGCGGUGUAUCCUUUGGGGAAGGUGAAGGAGGAGUAG